AUGGAGAACGGCGGCGGCGUUGGCGAAGGGGCAACAGCGACGGCGAUGGCCGCGGUGCCGGCAGCGGCGGUGCGGGAGCAGGACUGUCUGAUGCCGAUCGCGAACGUGACCCGGAUCAUGCGUCGCGUGCUCCCUCCCAACGCCAAGAUCUCGGACGACGCCAAGGAGCUGAUCCAGGACUGCGUGUCGGAGUUCAUCAGCUUCGUGACCGGCGAGGCCAACGAGCGGUGCCACGCCGAGCACCGCAAGACCGUCACCGCCGAGGACGUGGUGUGGGCGAUGGACAACCUCGGUUUCGACGACUACGUCAUGCCCCUCACCGCCUUCCUCCAGCGCAUGCGCGGGCGCGAGGCCGGGGUCGGCGCCGCUGCAGGGGCGCAGGCGCAGCACGUGGCCACCGCGCCGGGAAACGGCGUGCAGGUGCAGAUGCAUCGGGCCGUGUACGCGCCGCCGGGUCCGGUGCAGGGGUACGCCGUCGCGAUGACGCCGCUAGUGCAGGCCGCCAUCGUCUCCCCGCACGUCGGCGGCCGCCAGGGUCGCCAAGGCGACGUGCUUUGCACAGAACAUGAUGUGACUCGGCAGCAGUGUACCUUGGGAAUGAAGCUUACGGCGCGGGUAGUAGCUAGUAGCCGUGGAGGCUGUGGCGACGACGAAAGCUCGUCGAGCGGCGAGCUGGGGCCGACGACGGGUACGGCGCUCCCAGGUCCACAGUAG